CCCAUAAGUUUACUUUGCCCUUUGCGGGAGAUGAGAUUCAGCCUCCUCACAAACCCGCUGCGAGCGAGACGACCAGGGACGGGGGAGGAAACUCUGCGAGCGCGCUGAAAGCUGCUGAAUUCAGGAUUAUCUGCGGGUCAUGGACGGUUUCGUGUAGCGCAAGUUUUUGUGCGGAUUCCCGGCUUGUGCGGCCGCAGCUGAGCGGACCGCGCAGUGCGACUCCAGGCGGCUCUGAAGGAAACCAUAUCUGGUCAAAGUAUUCGUUGCUGUCACCCAGCGGGACCGUCCGGCUAUAAAUAGCGCCGGAGGAGGUUUCUCUGUUUCCCAGGAGCGCUACGGGCACUUGGCUGCCUUUCCUGUUAUUUUACCCCUGAGCUGGGGGUCAGUGAGAUAUCGAUUUUUCCCUGAAAACCCCAGGGUGCUGCAGGCUCCUGAUCUCCUGCAUUUUUAUCUUUUCUCUUUUGGCGGAGUUAUUGAGGUGUGCUGUCCGCCAUGUCGGUGAUAAGGAAGGAGAUGGAGAAGUACAGGGACAUAGACGAGGACGAGCUGCUGAAGAAACUGUCGGAGGAAGAGCUGCAGCGAUUAGAGGAUGAGUUAGAGGAGCUGGAUCCGGAUAAUGCAUUGUUGCCGGCUGGGAUGCGGCAGAAGGACCAGACAAAGAAAGCUCCAACAGGAACUUUUCAGAGAGACAACCUGCUUGCUCACCUGGAGAAACAGGCCAAAGAGAGUCCAGACAAAGAAGACCUGGUGCCCUUCACAGGAGAGAAGAGGGGGAAAGCCUUCGUGCCUAAAAAGAGGGUGGACCCCAUGAUAGAGAGUGUGACACUGGAGCCGGAGCUGGAGGAGGCCCUGGCCAGUGCUUCUGAUGCUGAGCUAUGUGAUAUCGCAGCCAUCCUGGGUAUGCACACCCUGAUGAGUAACCAGCAGUACUAUGAAGCCCUGGCCAGCAGCACCAUAGUCAACAAGCAAGGCCUCAACAGUGUGAUCCAGUGCACUCAGUAUAAACCAGUCCCUGAUGAAGAGCCCAACUCCACUGACGUAGAAGAGACCCUGCUGAGAAUAAAGAGGAACGACCCUGACCUGGUGGAGGUCAACCUCAACAACAUCAGGAACAUCCCCAUCAAGACUCUGAAGGCGUAUGCCGAGGCCCUGAUGAAGAACACUGUGGUGGAGAGGUUUAGUAUCGUAGGAACCAGAAGCAACGACCCCGUAGCCUUUGCCUUGGCAGAGAUGUUGAAUGUUAACACGACACUGAAGAGUCUGAACGUCGAGUCCAACUUCAUCACAGGGACUGGAAUCCUGGCCCUUAUAGAGUCCCUGCAGCGAAACACCACACUACAGGAGCUGAAGAUAGACAAUCAGAGCCAGCCGUUAGGAAACAAGGUGGAGAUGGAGAUAGCCAGCAUGCUGGAGAAGAACACCACGCUGCUGAAGUUUGGAUAUCAUUUCACUCAGCAGGGCCCGCGCCUCCGAGGCUCCAACGCCAUGAUGAACAACAACGACCUGGCCCGGGUCGUCAGGUCUGAGUCAGAUGGCUCCUUCACCCUCACUCUGUCUGUUCCCGAGCUGGAGAGGGCCUUCGGGAAAAAGUUCAAGUCUAAGACUAAUAAGAAAGAGAAGGCUUGAGGGAGGACCCAUCUUCCCCAAGUGUCGGACGAAUGUGUAGAAACCAGGGAUACUCUCAACCCUCUGUUCCCCCUCUUCGACCCCCCUACCAUUUUACCAAACCAAGUGUUGUCACCUUCUUCUGCCUCAUGCCAUCGGUGGCCUACCAAGCAGACCACGCCCACCAUGUCAGGUUCAAUUGUUUUGGGGUUUGGAGUAAAUCUCAGAACUCUUUCUACUCUCCAGACUUAGACUUUAGUAGAUAUGAAAGGAUCAGAUGGGAUUCAUCAACAGUGAUCUUCUGAGCUUUCAGUGCAUGUAAAUGGUGACAUCAUUGGUGCUCUGAAGUUUGAAUUUUGACCCUGCGGUCCAGGCUCGAACAUUCAUCUUUAAUCCUUUAGUAUCUCCUCAAGUGUCUGGAUUCCUUAAUAAAGGGGGCUGGUUUUUAAUGAGGGCCCAUUGAAAGUUUUACAAAUCCCUGUUUCUAUCAAUGAGUUGAAUUCUAAUUAUUAUUAAUAUGCUGUAAAUGAGUUGUGCUGUCAUUACUGUUGUUCCUCAAAGUUACCGAUGUUGGCAUACAAGGUAUUUUCUACCAAUUGUACACAAAAGAUAAUGUCCUUUUUCAAAUUGAUAAGCCUAAAAGAAAACCUCAGAGAAAUGCUGUAAUAUUAGAUUUCACAUGAAUGUCAAAAUCUGAUGUUAUGGUCUUUUUUUGUAUUUGGUCCAAGCAGUAUUUUAGUGACUGACUGUCCUCAGAUACUAAGCUAUACAGACUCGUCAGUAACAGACAGAUAGAUCUUUAAACCUGGCUACUGUGAGAUUUGUCGCUAUAUACAGAAUAUAUUUAUUUGUGACAGACCUGAUCGAGAGUCAGAAGCCGUUCAAAUACUUGGCCAGACUGGGAUUGAUGCUGCUGGUUCGUGAAAAUCACUCGUGUGAAAGUGUCUCUGCAAAUGACAAUUUACGCUUUGUUACAUUAUCCAGCAUUUACAUAACCAGUCCCCGUGGCGCGGCCCCAGAAAUUCUAUUUACUUAAAGUAGAAGUAGAUAACUUUUCAAACCCCCCCCCCACUUAAGCAAGUGCUACCGCAAGCUGACUGGCUAAUGUCCAAAGCAGAAAACAACCACAGGAAUCCCAAUUUGACCUAGAAACCGGGAUAUCAGUGCAUUGAAAAGGGUUAGACAUCAGGUCGUGUUAAAGGUGUUAUUGAUAACAUUCAGCCACUAAAUGUGGCAUUCCAUCACCCCCUCUUCCACUGUAUUCACAUCACGACCCCGCUGUUGUUCAAAUCAUCUGCACCCUCAAGUGGUUUCCACUUUGUUCACUAGCGUAUAUCACUAUCGCUAGCUAGAAAUCAUUAACGUUACUGAUGCUAGCCAACAUCAGGGCAUUACAGUAUAUUGGUAGCAUACUGUAGCCACUUCUUUACCAAUCUGGCAACUAUUAAGACUGCUGAUCACUGGCAAAAACACAGAAACCACAUGAUUGGCUGACAAACCUUGUCAGAAGCUGGAACCAACCAUCAGGAUUCUCACACAGACAUAAACAAAAUAUACGCUGAUGGAGCCAUUUUCCCGCCAUCUCACUUUACAAUCAGUAUUUACUUCAGAAUGAUAAGCUGAAGCUAAAAGGUUGUCUUUUGCCACUUGAAAUUAUAUAUUCAACAAAUCUGCCGUAAAAUAUCCAACGAAAGCCUCCUCGUUAUCUAGAACGUAUCUGAACGUAACUUUGAGCAUUUGAGGGUUCCCUAACUCUCCACCAGGUCUGGUUUGUUGACUGUUUGUGUUUGUUUAUUUUUAUCUACUGGAGCUAAGACGUGUGGUUUAAUAUGAAAUGGGUGGUACUGUUGACUUAACUGUGUAUUACAGGUUUCACGUUAACGCCUCAAUCCAGGUCUGGAGUAUUUCAGUAAUGCAUGAUAGACACAGAUUACAAACACAGGAAACCUCUCAUGUCUUUACAGCUGUCAUAUUACACAAAUGCAUUUUCUGUUUGUUUAAAACCAAUGCUGGCAGACUCUUUACAGUUUCAAAAUGCUUGUCAUCUGUGACAGGUCUCAUAUCAACCAAAAAUGCUGACUCAGAAUGUUUUCAUCAAUGGCAGAACAUGUAUGAACUUGUUUAUGUCCUUGUCAGCAAUGAUAAACUCUGCUGUACAUUUUGCAGCACUUGAUGGGAUUUUUUUUCACAAUCAACAGCACAAUGAGAAAAAGGGGUUAGCUGCUAUCUAACAAGGAACUAGAGCUAAUAUGCUGUCUGAAAAUUAAACAGCUCCAGUUAAAACAGCAGGAAGUGGUCUGCACUCUUUGUGAUGACUGAAAAUAAAAUUGGUAUCUCCUAUGAGAAAGUAUUUAAACUAGCAGUUGCAGACUCGAAGGUAAAGCUUUACCAUCUGUUUCCUGAUACUGACACUCAGAGAUACAAUUGACAGCAUGUUUAAGGGUUAGUUAACCCGUUUAAUGUUAUUUAAUAUCACUGCUUUGUUACUUUCUCGUCAGCGCUGUGGGAGUUAUGGAUGUAAACAUUUGUACAAAAACAAAAAAGUCGCAGAGUGCGAAGGGUCAAAGAGGACGAGGACUCCUGCCGCUCACAGUCUGUGUGUGUGUGUGUGUCCUGUUCUUCUCUACUGUCUCGUGUUUUCUGAUAUUUUAGUGCUUGACUCUUUUUUUGUUAGGUAGAUCACCUCUGUUGGUUGAAUUUUUGUCUAUGAAAUAAAUAAAGCUUGAAAAUAACAUUUC